GACGACAGGCAAAAAAAUGAAAAUGACCUUCGAAUGGGUGCAAGGACUGAAGAAGUUUCAAUUUGGAUUCUUAGGUGAUCAUAUUUUGUGUAUAAAAUGUGGUCCAUCAAUAAAAUUUCAUGAUAUAUUAACUGAUAAGAUUGAAACACUUCAUUUGCCCACAAAACAUUCAACUGUUCUAUCCAUACAUCCACUAGAACCUUAUUUUGCUGUAACAGAGUUAUGUAACGUGAACCCAAAGGUUUACGUUUACAGUUAUCCGCAAAAGGAUGAAAAUGUUCUGAAAAGUAAGUUGCGAUCCGAUUCGCAAGCUUUGUCAAUUUUGAUCAAAUAGAUGCUGCCAAAUUGGAGAUUCAACAGUCCAUCUUUUCCUAUACCAAGUAUUAUGCAACAGUGUCUGGCAUACCUGAUUUUAUUCUAUCAAUAUGGGAUUUUCAUUCUUGUGAAAUAUUGUGCAAAACUAAUUUAAAUGGAUUACAUUUAACAACAUUCAGCUUUUGUCCGACAGAUUGGCAUUAUCUUUUGGGAACAGAUCAUCAUUGUAUACAUGUCUGGCAGAUUGAAACAUGUGACCAAAUGAAUUCUAUUAAAUGCAGUUCGAUGAUAUUACCAGAACGUACCGUUAAUCUUGGGCCAUAUUAUGGACCACAUAACAAUAAGACCAAUGAAGAUACUACAGGUAUACGAUAUGAAACAAGAUUCGAUCUAAAUAUACUGAGAUCUUCAAUUACAGGACUUAAUGAAUCCAGAGAAGAAGAGUUUGACGAUUAUAUGGACAUAUCUGUUCGAUUAAAUUGCGUUUCACAGACUUGGACAAAUUCAGAAUUAGUUUUCAUCGGCUGUGAAGGAGGCCAGUUGUUAUUGUUUGACCCACUCAGCAUGAAUAUGAAAAUUUUACUGAACCCAGCUUCUCGUUGUCAGUGUCUCAAAGAAACGUUUGAAAAUACUCCUGAUACAACUGAUUGCAAUUGUGAUUUUAUCUCAACAGAAUCUUCAUUAAUUAAUUCAGAAGUGGAAAUAGUCAAUAAACUAGAAGGAUGUUUAACCUAUUUAUUAUAUACAACGCAUGGUUUAUUAGCCGGGGGUAGUGAUGGUGUUCUACGUUUACUAAUUUUAAGUAAAGCAACAAAAACGAUAGUUAAUAAAAUAAAUCCAUUCAACAGAGGAAGUGAUGAAUUAUCUGUCAAAGUAAAUGAAGCAUCAUUAGUAAAAAAUAGUGAAAACUAUUUAUUCAACACUGAAAUUCAAAACUGUAUAAAUCUCUAUAAAUUUGAAAACCUGAUACAAAAUAAUCGAUACCAUUGGGGUAAAAAUAUUACAGGUUUGAGUAUAUCAUCAUCUUAUAGACAAAUUGCAGUUAGUUGUCGGCUUGGUUAUAUGAGUUUAUUUAGUUUACAUGAUUCUCUACAGUCUACUCUCAGUCCUGAUAGAGAAGUAUUUACUAACUGUGAUCGAUUUGUUGGGAUGGGACUAAUUACAUUUGAAAAAUCAACGAUUUGUGUUACUGCAGGAACUACCGGUAUAAUCAAUUGUUGGGAUUGUAAAACAGGAGAAUUAAUUGGAUUGUUAUUUCUCAAUGAUACAUGUCAUUGUUUGGCAGUUUCACCAGUUUUGCCUUUAGCAGUUGCUGGAAUGAAUUCUGGUUCUAUAAUGUUUAUUGACUUUACUAGUCCCACUUCACCGAGCAUUGUAAAUGUUAUUCGACUCUAUCGUAAACCUCUUACACAUAUUGCAUUUGACCCUGAUGGUGAAUUUUUAAUUACAGUAAUAGAUGAUGGUCCAAGUAUUUUAAUCUCAGCACUACCUACCAAAUCUUUUGAACCAAUAGGUUAUGUGUCAUUUAUUGGUAGAGUGCAUAAUUUAUGCAUGAUUCGAUCAAAAGAUUCACAGAAAAUCUUUGUUCUUCUUGCUGUUAGUAAUGAUACCAAUAAAACUGCUGAGGUUGUAUACCAGUACGAAAUACCAGCUGGAAUUGGAAGCAAUAAUGAAUUAGACUAUGUUGAUAACUAUCGAAAACUAAAUGAAGAUAAAAUUAAGCUUAUUAAAUGGAAUUUUCACAAACCGAAAGUUGGUGUCUGCUAUUGGCCAUCAAAUGAUGUUUAUGAAUCAACAUCACCAUUGUUAAUUGCAGCUGAUUCUCAGUGUCAUACAUUGGAAAUAUUUUGCGUCGAUGAAUCGCAAAAGAAACAAAAUCUAUUACAUAUUACCGCAGAGUACACUUACGACAUUUUACAAGAAACAGAAAACAUCAAAUUUACAAGAAUAUCUGAUACUAAUUCGUUACUAGCUUAUUCUAUGGAUGGAUCAGUUCAAAUUAUUUGCAUAAAUGAAACUGUUUCACUUCAGUAUUCCGUAAAUAUUCAUGAAUCUGAUUCACGUGGUAUAGUCGCUGCAGAAUUCUGUAAAGAUUUGAAUAGUUUAAUCACAUGUGGUGGAGAUGGUUUAUUAGCCAGAGUUAAAAUAAGUGAAGGUACAAUUACGGAAUCGAAAGUCGGUUCAUUUCCAAGUUUAAGACCAUUACAUGAACAACUAACUAAAUUAAAAGAAAUGGAAAGUUGUGAGAUAACACAAAAUCAAUCACAUUCAAAUGUUAAUCUUUUACAAAAAUCUGAUGUUUUACCAACAUUACCCCAUCAAUCUGGUACAAGCUUUUUAUUAUCUGAUCAACAAAUAUCGGUAGAUGUUGAUGAAGAUACAGAUUUAGAAGAGUUUUCCCAUUAUAAAAGCGAUACUGACUCAAAUGGUAAUACAUGGAUAGAAUCUUGCCAGCUUACUGCUGAAGCUUCAGAAGACUUGAUUUUUGGAGAAACGAAGACAAGCAUUCUUAAUGAAUUGAAUGAAAUCAGAAGUACAGUCAAUGCUAUGGUCAGUGAAAACGAAAGUCUUCCUGAAUUUCAACGUAUUGGCAGGUUGGAAUUUGAGCUAGAUAUUGAUGAACAAAAUGUCAUUUUAGAGAAAACGAAGGAGGAAGUCAACCAGCUCCGAAAAGAAAUAAAAUUAAGAGAUUUAGCAAAACAAUUUACUUGGCAAGCUAUUAAAUCUCAAUGUUGGGAUGAAAUGUUUGUCAAAGGAAGAUGCUUAAAAGCGUUCAAUUUACCAAUUAAAGUUUCAAAUUAUCCACUAAAGAAUAUUACAGACAGUGAAAAACAAUUAAUUAAUACUGUUAUUGCUAGAAUGAAAAUUAUUCAUGCAACAGCAAAAGAAAGAGAAUUAUUGUCUUCACAUUUAUUUCAAUCAAAUGCAUUAAAAAAGCCAGUGAACAUGAUGGAUCGAUUGAUCAUGGUUAUGGUCAAAUGGAUCUUUAUACACGAACGCAAAAGAUUUAUCAAAUUGUUUUGAUAAAAGAUGCAAUUUAUCGCAUGAAAGAAUCUUUCAAUAAACAGUUCGAUGAAUUCUAUGAAAAGAAGGCGAGUCACCUUUCUGACAUUCAAACUAAAUUAUCAAGAAUACGUAAAAUUCAUACGGAUCUUCAACAACCACAUUUGCUAAAACAUCUCAUUAGUCCAAAAUUUGAUCCUGACGAAGAGCCAGAACAGCUAUUUAUUGUUACAGAUGGUGAGAUAACAGUGGAAAAGUAUUUUUCACCUGAACAGUUAGCUGAAAUCCAAUCGAAACGAUUGGCUGAGGAAGAAAGACAACGUAAGGAAAAGUUGGAUAAUUGGCGUGAAAAAGGUUUGGAAGAAAUGAUGGGUGGUGUGUUAGAGAUUACGAAAGAAGAUGAAUUGAAAAAGGAUAUCCCAAAACCAGCUUUUUUAUUAACUGGUAAACCAUCAGUUCAUUGGACGGAUGAUGAUAAACAAAUAUAUGCAGAAUAUGAACGUAAAGU